AUGCUGCGUUCCUGGUUUUCUCUCGGUCGCGCAAAUGAGUACAUCUUUCCGACUGUGAGCCCCGAGGCAGACGGGCCUGAAUGUUUAAAAGACUGUGCCGACUGCACAGUGCAAUAUCCCUCAAAAGUCAAGGUCGACACGAUAAUACCAUUAUACGGCCACAUCAAGUCCUUCCAUUCGCACGUUCUAGUGGCGACCGGGCGAUCAGACUGGAAGGAGAAAGUUGAGCACGAAAAGGGUACCUUGAUGGAGGCAUUUGACAAGACGAAAUCCGAGCAUGGGCGCAUAAUGGUCUCAGCAUCAAAUCUCAAUGCUCCAGACCACGACACAGCAGAGGAAGCCGACGAAGCCACAUCAAUUCUAAUUCUCCCUUCAUUCACAUUCGUGGACGGUAUCACCCAGGCCGAUGUACCGGAAGUGAUGAGCCGAUUCAUCGACCACCCCAUGCCUCAAACACAACUCAAUGAAAAAGGCACCGACGCCGGCACAGUAGCCCCCAUCCCCGGACUUCGCUCUCGACCCUGCGAUCUGGAUUACGUGGUACUACUAUGCUCACACAAGCGACGUGAUGCACGGUGCGGAAUUACAGCUCCUUUGAUCAAGCGCGAGCUCGAGCGACACCUACGACCACUGGGACUCGACCGCGACGCCGAUGAUUCGCGAUCUGGAGGCGCCGGUAUCUUCUUCGUGUCCCAUGUCGGUGGCCAUAAGUUCUCGGCAAAUGUUCUUGUUUACCGGAAGAAAGACCAACAGAUGAUUUGGUUGGCAAGAGUACGACCGGAGCAUUGUGAGGGCAUCGUCAAGUACACGCUACUCGAGGGAAAGGUGGUACACCCUGACACGCAGCUCCGAGGAGGAUUUGAUCGCGUGCGUGGACUGACGAGUUGGUAA